UGGUAGCUUCAUUUUAACUGGCUGGUUAUUUAGGACUGGAAGCUGCAGAUAAAAACAAGUCUCACUCUCGAGACUCUGCAACUUUAUCUUCUCCUCUGGCUUUGUUGUUUUCUGCCCUCUUGCUAACAUGGAAGUAACAUGCCUAGUUGUCGUGCUCAGGUUAGGUGUCCAGAUGUUAUGCCUCCCUGCUUACUUGCUGUGGUACCUGGGUAUCUGGGAACCCCUUUGCAAGACGUUAUUCCCCUACAUCAUGUUUGGGGGGAGCUUAAUUUAUAAUAAGCAGAUGUCUGGCAAGAAAAAGGAAAUGUUCAGCAACCUGAAGGACUUUGCCAGUCCCACGGGGGCCCUCACACUUUUAGAGAUUGGCACAGGACCCGGCACCAACUUUCAGUUCUACCCCACAGGAUGCAAAAUCAUAUGCACUGAUGUGAACCCCAACUUCCAGAAGUUUCUUGACAAGAGCCUGGCUGAAAAUCCACAUGUGCAGGUGGAACGCUGUUUGGUGGCUCCAGCUGAGGACCUGCACCAGGUACCAGCUGCAUCAGUGGAUGUGGUGGUUUCAACGCUGGUGCUAUGCUCUGUGAAGAACCCGGAGCAAGUUAUGAAAGAAGUUCUACGGGUGCUGAGACCGGGUGGUGCUUUCUACUUCCUAGAACACGUUGCAGGUGCUCCUUCCAGCUGGAAUCUCUUCUGGCAGCAGAUCUAUAAUCCAACUUGGAAACGUCUGUUUGAUGGGUGCCACUUGACCAGAGAAACCUGGAAGGACCUAGAAAAAGCUGGCUUCUCAGAGCUGAAGCUGUGGCACAUACAUGCCCCUUUAAAAUGGCAACCUAAUAAGCCGCAUAUCAUAGGUUAUGCUGUAAAGUAGCAUGGAAAUAAAUUACUGAACAAGAUCUC